UUGGUAACUAACCUCAACCGUUUGACAGCUAAAAAAACACAUAAAAACACGACAACAAUGUCUGCUUACUUCUUCUACACAUUGUUCUAUUUUUUAAUGUCAGGAUGUAUCAUUUAUCCUCCUACCGAAUUCGUAUCUGCUGGGUUAACGAUAAAAAAUAUAUUUACAAACUGGUUAGGUAGCGAAAACGAAUUUUUUAUACAAUAUCACAUUAAGAGAAGCAUCAUAACCAUGUUCGUUCAUAGUAUGCUUCCAUUUGGCUACAUACUUGGACUCGCUUUAUUCGGGCACUUAGACCUAUCGCAAGUUUUGCUGGAAAACACGAGCAUAUUCUGGUUCGUCAUUACUACAAGUGCUGCGCUGGUCCCAGUUUAUAUUUUACUCAUAGUUCUUUCGUGGGCUUUACUCGGUGAUAAUUGGUCUACUCAUCCAAUAGCCAAAAGCCUUUCCGUUUAUUGCAACAAUAAUACCACGUGGAUGUCCGUAGCGUCAGACAUUAACAUAGAAUAUAGAAGGAUAGAUAAAAUUGUGAUAGACACCAAUAGCGUGACUCAAGUUGUCGUCACCGACAACUGGAUCAUCAAAGUAACUCCCUACAAAUUGCAUGUCGCCCACCAGAGCGAUACAGCUUUGGUAUUGAAUAGGAGUGACACGCACACCAUGUCGCAUACUACUCGGGGAGAAGUUCAGUACGUUAAUAUCGAGGUGAAACCAACGAGAACUCGGGCUCGAUCUUUCAACAUCAGACUGAAUGCUCUAGACUUUAAGGACCUGCAAGAUAAAAUUUCAAGGCCAAUCGUCGUACUUAGAAAUGUCACCUUUCAUCGAACUCUGCUCGACAGAUUCAUUGACGCCUUUAAGGAGCAGGUAGCACAAAAUCCUCAUUACGAAACCGUGCAGGAGUUGGAACAGUGCAUUGGAUGUAUGCAAGUAACUGCAAAUGUUAAACUUAACAAACUCUGCGGAGAUGUGACGGAAGAACGGGGUCCGGAUGCCUGCGUUACGUGUUUCUGUCGUCCUAUGUGGUGCAUAGACUGCAUGGCAAAGUGGUUUGCCUCAAGACAGGAUGAGAAUUCACCCGAAACUUGGCUAUCGUCAAAGUGCACGUGUCCGGUUUGUCGGGCGAGGUUUUGUCUGCUUGAUGUAUGUUUGAUACCUACGCCGAAUCAUUGAAAUUCAAUAGCGAUACUUUGAAUGUAUGUAACAUAAAAUUAAUAGUCUAAUUUACUAUUAUUUUUUUUGUUUUUUUCACGAGGAAUCAAAUUCAUUGACAAACCAUUUUUAAUAAGCGGGCUACUAAUAUCGUUUAUAAAUUGAAAAUAUAUUUUUAAAGAAAAUAUUCGAGUAUCGGUUUAAAUAAACACCGUCGUAUUGACGUUGUGUUAUCAGAGUAAUCGGUCCAAUAAGAAACGAUAUCUCUGUGAUUCGGUUUGGAUCGUAGGAAUAUAAAAUAAGACUAGAUAUUGUUAAGGUAUUUAUGUUCGAUCGAACUAAUGACCAGAAAACUUUCGUCCAGUCUUACAGCUUAAAUCUCUGCCGUUUGUAAUCCAUAACAAUUAUCAAACACAAGUUUAAUAACUUAUAAAUACUCAGGAAUUCCACAAGUGCUUAUAAUCUGUGUAUCUCACUUUUUAAAUAUCAAACUAUAACAAUGCAAGAUAAAUAUAAUCAAAGAAUUAUAUAUUAAAUUAUAUUUGAUAAGAUUUGUCCUUUUUUUCUUGAUUUCUUUUUUUUUCAAGAUUUUUUUUUGCAAACGAUGCGGUGCUGUCGUAGGUUUUAAUAAAUCUAUCGCUAUUACACAUA